AUGCCUACGUUGCCCGCACGUAUAUGUCGGGUCAAUGGAGAUGACGCAAAUAAUAAUGAAUUGAUGUAUUCAUGGGAAGUUGAACCGGUACAUGGGAACCUGGCAGUGUUCUCCAGUAACAACUACUUGGUACAACACACGGAGUGGGAAACGCAUUUGAUUGGCUGGACAGGAGAGUUGGUCAACAAGACAAAUAAGGCCAGUCACAUUGGUACCAUCGAAGACAUUAAGGAUGAUCCCUUAUAUUUGGACGACAAUGACAAGUUAGAAAUCGAAUCUAAGAUCACUCUGUCGUUGAAGUCUGACCAUGUGCAUCCUGUUUGGCUUUUAAGAAGAGAUCAGCUGAAAUGGAGACGGUAUGCCGAAGAUGUGUUGUGGCCGGUGUUCCACUAUAUCCAGGGUCAACCAUCUGAUGGGAAGGCAGAGUCUCAUGCAUGGCAUGAUUAUGUUAAGUUUAAUGAAGCAUUCUACAACAAGAUCAAAGCUAUUUAUAAACCAGGUGAUGUGAUUUGGAUUCAUGAUUAUUAUUUGUUGUUGUUGCCUCAGUUGUUACGGAUGCAGUUUCCUGAUGCGUACAUUGGAUUGUCGCUCCAUGCUCCCUUCCCUUCGUCGGAGUAUUUCAGAGGUAUUUCCAAGCGAUCCCAACUUUUAGAUGGGAUGUUAGGGGCUGAUAAGAUCACCUUCCAAAGUGAAUCAUUUUUAGGACAUUUUCUUUCUUGUUGUGCUCGGAUCUUAGGCUGUGAAGUAGAGAAGGAUAAGGUUCUUGCUUACGGUACAGAAAUCUCUCUCUCAACUUUACCCAUUGGGAUUGACUCCAAAAGAAUCGAACACGAUGCGUUCUCGGCCAAUCAUAACGUCGAAGACAAAGUGAAGGCAUUACGGGACGUUUAUUACGAUAAAAAGUUGAUUGUAGGCAGAGACAAGUUGGAUUCUGUCCGAGGCGUGGAACAAAAGUUACAGGCCUUUGAAAUGUUCCUUUACAUGUAUCCUGAAUGGAGAGACAAGGUGGUAUUGAUCCAAGUAUCAACCCCCGGGUAUACUCAUUCGGCAAAGUUAGAGAAGAGAGUCACCGAAUUGGUAAACCAAGUCAAUUCCAAAUACGGAACGUUGAAUUGGACUCCUGUGCUUCACUAUCAGAUGAGAAUCGAAAAGGCAGAGUAUCUUGCUCUUUUAAGAGUAGCGGAUUUAUCAUUGAAUACUUCGGUUAGAGACGGCAUGAAUACCACAUGUUUGGAGUACGUGGUUUGUCAAAAGGAAAACCAUUCGCCCUUGAUUUUGUCUGAGUUUACGGGCACGGCAUCUGUAUUAGAUGAAGCUAUUCUUGUGAACCCCUGGGACUCAGUAGGUAUUGCCAAAACCAUAAAUGAAUGUUUGACCAUGUCUGACAAUCAAAGGGCUGUGUUGGAGUCCAAAUUAUAUAAGAAGGUGGUCUCGAACACCAUCCAGUCGUGGACUUAUAGUUUCCUUGAUCUUGUGUUGAAACAAGUGGCUACUACUCGUGGUCAAUCGUAUUCUCCUGCUUUGAAUAGACCCAUGUUAUACGAGAACUAUAAGCUGGCCAAGCGGAGAUUAUUUUUGUUUGACUAUGAUGGGACCUUAACCCCGAUCGUAAGAGAUCCUGCGGCCGCCAUACCCUCCCAAAGAUUGAACGAUAUCUUGGAUACCUUAACUAGAGACCCCAAGAAUAGAAUCUGGGUUAUCUCCGGUAGAGAUCAAGCGUUUUUGGAGAAAUGGAUGGGGUCAAAGAAUAUCGGGAUGUCUGCUGAACAUGGAUGUUUCAUGAAAGACUUUGGUUCAAAAGAAUGGGUCAAUUUAGCAGCUUCUUUUGAUAUGUCAUGGCAAUUGAAAGUUGAUGAGAUCUUCCAAAAGUAUACUGACAGAACCCCAGGGUCAUUUAUUGAACGGAAAAAGGUUGCCUUGACUUGGCACUACCGGAAAUCAGAUCACCAAUUGGGAGCAUUCCAAGCAGACUUGUGUCACAAGGAAUUGGAGUCUACAGUUGCAAGGGAUUAUGAACUUGAAGUAAUGGCCGGAAAGGCGAAUAUUGAAGUGAGACCCAAGUUUGUUAACAAGGGAGAAAUUGCAAAGAGAUUAGCAUUACAUCCUCAUGGUGAGAAACAAGAUCCCAAUGCUAUUCCUCAAGAGAAAGUUGACGAGUUUGCCAUUGAGAAUCUUCCUGAUUUCAUGUUAUGCCUUGGUGAUGAUUUGACCGAUGAAGAUAUGUUUAGAUCCUUGAAUAAAAUCCAGAAAGAUUGGCUGGAACAUGGAAUCCCCAAGAAUGAAUAUGGCAAUUACGGUAUUUAUCCUGUUGCUGUUGGACCUUCGUCUAAGAAGACCAAUGCAACGGCUCAUUUGAAUGAACCAUCGCAAGUUCUUGAGACCUUGGGGUUAUUGGCAGGUCAAGUCUCGUUGUUUGAGAGUGCUGGAUCAGUUGAUUUAGAUGAUAGAGGCCAUUUAGCCAAUAGCGAGACUUCUGAACGGUCUAAAAAGGCCAUCGAAGCCUUUAGCAUGAAGAAAGAGGCCAGCAUCAAGAGUUCCAGUUCACAUGGAACUAACGCUUGA